GGUCGUUGCCUGUAUGUCAUCCUGCUCAUGGCAGUGUACUGGUGCACGGAGGCCCUGCCCCUGUCAGUGACGGCUCUUCUGCCCAUCAUCCUCUUCCCCUUCAUGGGAAUUCUACCCUCCAGCAAGGUCUGCCCCCAGUACUUCCUCGACACCAACUUCCUCUUCCUCAGCGGCCUGAUCAUGGCCAGCGCCAUCGAGGAAUGGAACUUGCACCGAAGAAUCGCCCUCAAGGUCCUCAUGCUAGUUGGGGUCCAGCCCGCAAGGCUCAUCCUGGGGAUGAUGGUGACCACGUCAUUCCUGUCUAUGUGGCUGAGCAACACGGCCUCCACCGCCAUGAUGCUACCCAUCGCCAGCGCCAUCCUCAAGAGCCUCUUUGGCCAGCGUGAAGCUCGGAAGGACCUUCCCCAGGAAGGCGCUGAGAGUACAGCUGCUGUGCAGGGAAAUGGACUUCGAACAGUGCCCACGGAGAUGCAGCUUCUCGCCAGUUCAGAAGGAGGCCACCCUGAGGAUGCAGAGGCCCCGCUGGAGCUGCCUGAUGACUCCAAGGAGGAGGAACACCGCAGAAACAUCUGGAAGGGUUUCCUCAUUUCCAUCCCCUACUCGGCCAGCAUCGGGGGCACUGCCACCCUCACGGGCACAGCCCCCAACCUCAUCCUGCUCGGCCAGCUCAAGAGUUUCUUCCCGCAGUGUGACGUGGUGAACUUUGGCUCCUGGUUCAUCUUCGCCUUCCCUCUCAUGCUGCUGUUCCUCCUGGUGGGCUGGCUCUGGAUCUCCUUCCUCUACGGCGGAAUGAGCUGGAGAGGCUGGAGGAAGAAGAAGAAAUCGAAGAUCCGAGCUGAUGCGGAGGAUCAGGCUAAAGCUGUGAUUCAGGAGGAGUUCCAGAGCCUGGGGCCCAUCAAGUUUGCUGAGCAGGCCGUUUUCAUCUUGUUCUGCACAUUCGCCAUCCUCCUCUUCUCCAGGGACCCGAAGUUUAUCCCCGGCUGGGCCAGCCUCUUCGCCCCUGGGUUUGUUUCAGAUGCUGUCACUGGUGUGGCCAUUGUUACCAUCCUGUUCUUCUUCCCUUCCCAAAAGCCCUCACUCAAGUGGUGGUUUGACUUCAAAGCUCCCAACUCGGAGACGGAGCCCCUGCUGAGCUGGAAGAAGGCCCAGGAGACUGUGCCGUGGAAUAUCAUCCUUCUCCUGGGAGGUGGCUUCGCCAUGGCCAAAGGCUGUGAGGAGUCGGGGCUGUCGGCGUGGAUCGGUGGGCAGUUGCACCCCCUGGAGCAUGUCCCCCCUCUGUUGGCAGCGAUGCUCAUCACUGUGGUCAUUGCCUUCUUCACGGAGUUCGCCAGCAACACAGCCACCAUCAUCAUCUUCCUGCCUGUGCUGGCGGAGCUGGCCAUCCGACUGCACGUGCACCCCUUGUACCUGAUGAUCCCAGGCACUGUCGGCUGCUCCUACGCGUUCAUGCUGCCCGUCUCUACGCCCCCCAACUCUAUUGCCUUCUCCACUGGACACUUGCUGGUCAAAGACAUGGUGCGGACGGGCCUCCUGAUGAACCUGAUGGGCGUCCUACUGCUCAGCCUGGCCAUGAACACCUGGGCGCAGACCAUCUUCCAGCUGGGCACCUUCCCAGACUGGGCCAACACCCACGCUGCUAACGUCACCGCACUGCCACCAGCCUCGACCAAUAACACAGUUCAAACCCUCUGAGCCCUGCUGGGGACUUCUUUUUGGGGGGCUAGGCCUUCCCCAGAGGGCUGUUGCUGUCACUUGCUGCUAGGAUCCUACAAGCAAUUCUUUCCUGUAAUCUUCUAGGAGGCAGCAAGCAAGGAUGGCCUCUGGUGGUUCGCCGGGGCCACCGGGGCCACAGGCUCACUGUCCGCAGCACCUUCUCUUUCUGUCUCAUGCAUUGCAAAGCCAGCAAUCUCCUGCACCUGCUGCCUGUGGCCUGUCUGUGGAACAGGCUUUUCUCACCAAGCUGGUCUGUGGCCAGGGGGCAGGAAAGUUCACCUCGGCCACGAGGAACAGAGCUGAAAAGGCGUUUGUUUUGCACACC